GUUUGUUUAGAAAGCCCCGUGCAAAACACUUCCUGGUUUCCAACCCCUCACUUCCUGAUGCUAUCAUUCACACUUUGAAAUAUUUUGUUUGCUUUCUACACUGUCUGACACCUUCAGCCAUGUCGCUACCGCAGCAGCUACGCUACGAGAGUGACUUUGACCAACUGCCUAAUAACAUCCCCAUCAGUGCCACCAUUGCGGAUAUCGAGGAGAAAAAAGGCUUCAUCGACUACUUUAGGUUUGUUGUUGAGGUGAAAACCAAAGGAUGGAGCAAGUAUCUAAUCUACAGGCGUUACAGUGAGUUUUUCAGCCUGCACCAGAUCUUGGAGUCCAGAUACUCUCCAGAGGACCCAGACAGACCUGGUCCCAACACCUGCGUGCUGCCCACACUUCCAGGUAAAGUGUUCAUCGGCAACAAGCGGGAGAUUGCGGAGAGCCGAAUCCCUGAGCUGAACACGUACAUGAAGAGGCUGUUGGGCCUGCCGACCUGGUUGCUCCUGGAUGAGGAUCUCAGGAUGUUCUUCUACCAGACGGAGCAGGACGGCCAACAUCAGCCUCGAGCGCUCAGGCGUCUGCGACCGCCUACCCGCAAAGUGAAGACAGUCAAACCCAAGCCAGACCUCUUCUCAUCACCCAGGGCUGAGGCCAUGUUUGACUUUUGUGGCAGUAGCAAGGCAGAGUUGAACCUGAAGAGAGGAGACUUGAUCUUCCUGCUGCAUCGAGUCAACACCGACUGGCUGGAGGGCACGGUCAACAACCAGACGGGUAUUUUUCCACAAUCUUUUGUGAAGAUCAUCAAGCCUCUCCCGGAGAGUGAAUUGGAGGACGAAGGAGAAGGCCACACCUACAGCUGCCUGCGAUGCUAUCUGCUCACCCCCUCUGGAAUCCAAACCAGGGACGUGUGCGUUCAAGAGGACCUCAACAUCCAGCCAACACACAAGGAGCUGAUGUGUCGGAUGAGGGACGUGUUCAAGGUGGAUGACAUUGCGCUGAAUUACCGCGACUACGAGGGCGACCUCAUCCGCGUGCUGGACGACGAGGACGUGCUGCUGAUGAUUGAGGAGAAUCAAGGUCAGGCGACGGGGGCGGUCCAGAGGCCUUUCAAUCAGUUUCCGUGGGAACUGCUCGUCACCAUGGCCUCUGACCUCUCCGUUUACAGUGCGGAAGGGUGAUGUCCAGACUUGUUGUCUGCACUUUGGAUUUUUUAAAAUUUUGUUCACCAUUUUUUUUUUCCAAGACCCCAGAAUGGAGACUUUUGUAUUUGCAUUAUGCAUUCAAGAGAUUUCGUUUAACAGUAAAAAAAAAUGCUAUAAUUUCUCCGUAAUUAAUUUGAUAAUAUUAUUUUUCAUGUACGUACAGUAGAAUCCCUGAACUCGAUGUUCAACAUAUUUGUUUGACGCAAAAUGUCGGGAAAUCUUUGCCUCAGAUCUCAAACAAAGCUUCGGAAUCUGACCCAACUCAUCUUUAUACCAGCAAUCUUUCAAACCUAUUACAACUUCACAGGACUCUACCAAACAAGCACUGGCGCAGAAACUCUGGAAAAUUCUCAGAAAUUCUUGGACAUUUUUUGAAAAUCUUCUCAAAUGUCUCGGAAAUUUUAGGGAAUUCUAAUUUCAUAGCAAAUUCUAACAUAUCUGAAACUAACAAUUGACCCACCAAAAAUGAAUAAAUGAAACUCACUUGUUUCCAGCAACAAUAUCUGAAA